AUGGAGAUAGACACCGUCGACGCGCCCCUCACGAGGGUAUCACAGCCCAGCAACGGUCAGCUCGCCGUCAGGAAACCACGAACCGAACUCAAAUCAAAGUCCGAGAUUGCAAAGGCCCGUCGCCAAAGAGAUGCGCAAAAGGCCUACGGUCGCGGUCGCGGAAUCGACGUCAAGACCGCCAGGGACAAGAAGUUACGGCGGAACCUCAGCACACUCGAGAACAAGUACAAGGAGGCGGCAUACAAAGCCAAGGAAGCAGAGAUCCUGCUGGAGAACACAGCUGGCUUUAUCGAGCCAGAGACGGAGUUGGAAAGGACAUACAAGGUUCGCCAGGACGACAUUCAGAAAAAUGUCGCCAUUGAGGUGGCGCAAAAGGGGUUCGAGCUGAAGCUCAACGAGUUGGGGCCAUAUAUUUGCGAAUACAGCAGGAAUGGUCGAGACUUGAUCCUGGCGGGGAGGAAAGGCCAUGUCGCGACGAUGGACUGGCGAGACGGAAAGCUGGGCUGUGAGCUUCAGCUGAUGGAGACGGUUCGCGAUGCGAGGUUCUUGCACAAUAACCAGUUCUUCGCCGUCGCGCAGAAGAAGUAUGUGUACAUCUACGACUCGCAGGGUGUUGAGCUUCACUGCCUGAAGAAGCACGUCGAGGUGUCGCAUAUGGAGUUUCUGCCGUACCACUUCUUGCUGGCGACAUUGGGCAUCAACGGUUCCCUCAAAUACCAAGACACCUCGACCGGUCAAAUCGUCUCCGAAAUCUCGACCAGACAAGGCACCCCCGUCUCCCUCACCCACAACCCCUACAACGCCAUCCUCCACGUCGGCCAGCAAAACGGCACCGUCACAUUAUGGUCGCCAAACUCGAGCGAACCCCUCGUGAAACUUCUUGCCCACCGCGGGCCCGUGCGAUCCGUCGCCGUAGACCGCGAAGGUCGCUACAUGGUAUCGGCAGGCCAGGACAACAGGAUGUGCAUCUGGGACGUUCGCAACUUCAAGGAGUCCGUCUCGUCGUAUUUCACCCGGUCACCAGCCACCUCGGUCGCCAUCUCAGACACGGGCUUGACCGCGGUCGGCUGGAACACCCACACCACCAUCUGGCGCGGCCUCUUUGACAAGAACAAGCCCGUCCAAGAAAAGGUCCAGUCACCCUACAUGACCUGGGGCGGCGAAGGCCACAAGGUCGAGCGCGUCCGGUGGUGCCCCUUUGAGGAUGUUCUUGGUGUAGGCCACACGGAAGGGUUCUCGUCACUGAUCGUCCCGGGCGCCGGCGAGCCCAACUAUGACGCUCUGGAAGUCAACCCCUUCGAGACGAAGAAGCAGAGGCAGGAAGGCGAGGUCAAGGCUCUGCUGAACAAGCUCAAGCCCGAGAUGAUUGCGCUCGACCCCAACUUCAUCGGCAAGCUGGAUUUGCGAUCGGAGCAACAGAGGAAGGCGGACAGGGACCUGGAUGCGGCGCCGGUGGAUGUGGUGGAGGAGAUGAAGAACAGGGCUAGGGGCAAGAACACGGCGCUGAAGAAAUAUCUGAGGAAGCAGAAGAAGAAGAACAUUAUUGAUGACAAGAGGCUGAAGGUGGAGGAGGCCAUCAAGGAGAUGCAGGAGAGGAAGGAUGAGAAGUUUAAGGAUAGGCAGGAGCAGCUGGGGCCGAGUCUGGCGAGGUUUGCGAGGAAGGAUUAG